UGUGACAGCCAAUAUUGAGUUCCGGAGGCGGUGAAAAGCCAAGGAGGAGGAAAGGUACCCCUGAGGCGGUUGGCUUCUGCCAUGAAGAGGAUUUUUGGCUUCGGAAGUAAGGGCCGUUCGCCUUUGGGCUCCUCCAGCAACCUGCGAAGGAACUGCGUGGGCUUUGGGCUUGAGAAUGCCAGUAGUCUGAACUCGCCCAGGUACCACAUCCGAGACAAGGAUACAGGAAAGAUCCACAAGGCUGCAAGCAUGGGCAAUGUAGCCAAAGUGCAGCAUCUCCUUAUUCUUGGGGAAAAUGGCGUGAAUGAUAAAGACAAGAAGAACAGGACUGCUCUACACUUUGCCUGUGCCUAUGGUCAUCCAGAAGUGGUGACUCUUCUGGUAGAGAGGAAAUGCAACAUUGACAUCUGUGACAGUGACGGCAGCACAGCACUAAUUAAGGCUGUACAGUGCCAGGAAGAGGAAUGUGCAACUAUUCUGUUAGAACAUGGCGCUGAUCCAAAUGUCAAGGACUCCAGUGGCAAUACAGCUCUCCACUAUGCUGUUUAUAUUGAGAACACAUCAAUAGCAGUAAAACUACUUUUGCACAAUGCAAAUACUGAAGCCAAAAACAAGGAUGGCCACACACCACUUUUACUUGCUCUAAGAGAAAACAAACAACAGAUGGCAGAAGUUUUAGUAAAUAAAAAAGCAAAUAUACAUGCAGUUGAUGAGCUAGAAAGGCAAGUAAUUUUUGAAUAUGACGAAAAGAGACUUAAACAUUCUCAAAUUAACAAUUCAGUGCUAGAGAUCGAACCCAGAGCGUCAGCAUCAUGCAUUCUAGUGGAUGAGAGUUCUGAAGAUGAGUCUUUAACCAGGCUUUCUAACAAACCUGGUCCUGGUGAUCCCUGGCCUACAUCAGAUGAGGAAGACUCUAAUUUUGAUACCAAGAAUUUCCCAAAAGUGAACUUAACAGAGCUAUGGACUACUACUCAACAAUUCAAGAAAAAUCGAGCAAAAUAUGAUAUUUUGAAACCAGAAAAUAGAACCUUGUUUGAUAGCAGUGAUUCUGAUAGUCAAAAUGAAGACAUGGAUGAAACCCUUCCUAAAACAUCGGUUAAACAGAGUUUUUCAGGUCCUUCCAUUUUGUCAUCUGACCCAAAUGAAGGGGCAACAAAGCCAAUAAUUGGAAAAGAAGAAAAUGGUACUAAAAGUGCUUCGCAAGAUCAAACAAAUAAUGGGAAUUUGACUUAUGUUGAUGCAGGACACAAAAAGAGUAAAAGUGAUCUGAUGUCUGCAUUAGGAUUAGGAGAAGAGGAAGAGGAAGAAUCACCAUGGGAUUCUGAGAGUAUCUCUGAGAGGCUUCCACAAAAGGGUGUUAGUCAUUUAUCUGGGGCUGUGCAUGAAAGAGGAAACAAUAUCAAUGGACAAGUCGAAGAUAUGAUUUAUAUACCAUCUUGCAUGAGUGGAUCAAGAAACCUUAAGAUGGCUAAACUAGAGAAAACAAGAAAUGUAGGCAUACCAGUAGCCAACAUGGAAUCUCCUGAGAAAUAUCCUCAAUUAAAGACUACCAGUGAAAUGAAAGAUUCUCUUCUGAGCAAAGCAAUAGGAAUGAAGGAUGUACAAACAUUCAAAUCAGAACCAAACUUAGAAGUAACAUCAGAAGAAGAGCAAAAAAGGCUUGAUGGCAGUGAAAAUAACCAGUCACAGAACUUUUUAUUACAGGUGGAAGAAAAAAGGAAGGAGCACAAAGGUAAUGAAAUGGAAGUAUCAGAAACCCUAUCUGAUGGUUUUGCUGCCACAGAUAAUGAUGAUGGACUAAUUCAACAAAGAAAGAAUGAAAAAACUGAUAACCAGAAAUUUCCUAUUGAGGAGAAUAAAAAACAUGAAGGGGAUGACCGAAAUGACCUCCAGAGGCAGCUUACUCAAGAACAGAAUGCUAGAAUAUUACAAGAUGGGAUUCUGGCAAAUCAUCUUUGCAAACAAAAGGAAAUAGAAAUGGCGCAAAUGAAAAUGAGUUCAGAGGUUUCUAUUAGUCAUGAAAAAGAAAAAAAUUUACUGCAUAAAAGUCACAGUUUGCAGAAAGAAAUCUCCAUGAUAAGACUAGAAAUAGACACAAUAAAAAAUCAGAACCAGGAAAAGGAAAAGAAAUAUCUUGAGGAUGUUGAAAUUGCAAAUGAAAAGAAUGAUAACCUUCAAAAGACAAUAAAACUGAAUGAGGAAACAUUUACAACAACAGUACUCCAAUAUAAUGGACAGCUUAGUAUCCUGACAGCUCAGAAUACAAUGCUAAAUUCUAAACUGGAGAAUGAAAAACAAAACAAGGAAAGACUGGAAAUAGAAGUUGAAUCAUACCGUUCUAGACUGGCUGCUGCUAUCCAUGAUUAUGAUGAAAGUCAGGCAUCAAAAAGAGACCUAGAACUUGCUUUCCAGAGAUCAAGAGAUGAGUGUUUUCGUUUACAGGAUAAGAUGAAUUUCAGUAUAUCUAAUCUAAAAGAUAACAAUGAGAUUCUUUCCCAACAGCUUUCGAAAGCUGAAAGAAAAUUCAAUAGUCUAGAAAUUGAACUCCACCAUACAAAAGAUGCUCUUAGAGAAAAGACUUUGGUUUUAGAACAGGUACAAAGGGACCUAAACCAAACACAGGGCCAAAUGAAGGAAAUUGAAUGUAUGUAUCAAAAUGAACAAUGUAAGGUGAAUAAAUAUGUUGGUAAGCAAGAAUCUUUAGAGGAGAGAUUAUCUCAACUACAAAGUGAAAAUACAUUGCUUCGACAACAAUUAGAUGAUGCUCAAAACAAAGCUGACAAUAAAGAAAAGACAGUAAUUAAUAUCCAAGACCAAUUUCAUGACAUUGUAAAGAAACUUCAAGCUGAGAGUAAAAAACAAAAUCUCAUGCUAGAAGACAGAAAUAAGGAGUUAAUCAAUGAAUGUAAUCAUUUAAAAGAAAGGCUGUAUCAAUAUGAAAAUGAAAAAGCAGAAAGAGAAGCAGUUGUGAGACAACUUCAACAAGAACUGGCUGAUACCCUGAAAAAACAAUCUAUGUCAGAGGCUUCACUAGAAGUUUCAUCACGUUAUCGCAUUAGUUUGGAGGAUGAGACACAGGAUUUAAAGAAAAAACUAGCUCAAAUAAGAAGUCAAUUACAAGAAGCAGAGGAUCAACACACAGAGGCUGCUCAAUGUGUUGAGAAGAUGCAAGAUCACUUACAAAAGCUUGAAAUCCAAAAUUCUAAGUUAAAAGAUACAAUAAAAAAACAAACAGGAAAAAUUGAACAGCUUCAGAAAAACCUGUUAAGUGCAAAUUUGUCUGAAGAUGAUAAGGAACAAUUAAAGAAACUUACAGAAUUAAAACAAUCUCUGGAAUAUACUUUGGAUCAAGAAAAGAAGAAAAAUGGCAAAUUAGAAAAAGAGCUAACUGGGUUUAAGAAACUUUUAAAAAUGACAAAAACAAAGUUAAAUAAGUAUGAAAAUGGGGAGUUUAGUUUCCAUGAAGAUUUAAAAAACAGUUCAUUUGAAAUGGAUAUUCCAAUUAAUAUGCUUAUAUACAAGAUUGAUGAUCUUGCAGCAAAACUGGAGACUGCAUCUUCAAAAUGUCUACAUCUGGAUAAAAAAAAUCAGUUUCUUCAUCAGGAGCUAUUAUCCAUGAAAACUAUGCAAAAAAAAUGUGAAAAACUAGAGAAGAAUAAAAAAAAAUUAGAACAAGAAGUAGUAAACCUUAAAAGUCAUAUAGAAAAGAAGAAUAUGGAAGAACAUGGUCAACUAGAACAGUAUAAACAGGAGAUUGAAGACAGAGCAAGACAGGAUUUAGUGGAAAAAUUAAAACAAGUGAAUCUAUUUUUAAAGACACAAGCAGCAUCUCAGGAAAAUUUGGAACAGUUAAGAGAAAGUAAUAAUGCCUCAAUAAGAAGUCAGAUGGAACUCAGAAUUAAAGACCUGGAAUAUGAACUGUCUAAAAUAAAAACACAAGAAGAUUCUAAUAAAAUAGAACUGGAAAAAUAUAAACAACUCUAUGUAGAAGAAUUUAAAAUUAGAAAAUCAUUACUGAAUAAACUAAACAAGGCUAAUGAAAAACUAGAGGAUGUCAAUACUCAACUUCUUGUGGAAAAACAGAACAGAUCUUUACUCAGCACUGUUAGUCCAAGGCCUGUCGUAGAGUGCUCUUGUGUUGGAAGUCUUAAUAAUAGUUUGGUACUCAACAGAAGUUAUUUUCCAAGAGAAAACUUAGUGGUUCCUACUUCUAACCCAAAGCCUUCAAAUAAGAGCAUGGAGAACUACUUAGCUGAGAUGCAGCAGAAGUUGGAAAAAAGUAUAACUAGAGAACUAAAAGAAGUGGCUGAUGAACUUGAAUCUGGGUCCCUUAGAGCUUCUCCCCUAGGAUCUACUCAUAAGUCAAGUCAAGAUCUACUUUCAGAAGCAUCACAAGAAUAUGUAGAGAUUUUAAAGAAAAAAUACAUGAUCUGAAUGUCAUCUAUUAGACUGUUUAUAUAACAGUUAACAUGGUUUCCCAGACAUGUAUGAUAUGAAAAUUUUGAAGUAAAAUAUUUUUGGCUAUCAUAUAUGUAUGAUGAAAUAAUAUAUAAUACUUUAAGCUGUUUCUUGGCAUCUGUAACUAACUUUUAAAUGGAUUUUGCGAGUGAAAACUAGUGUUAUUGACUUUUGCAUACUCAAAUUCUCAAAAUGCCAGCUAUUUAAACAGUACCCAAACAAUCGUCUUGUCACUAAUACUUUGGUAGAAUGAAAUAUCAUUUUAGUGAUAGCUUAUUUGUACUUUUCAAUUUUUAUUAGUAUAUAUGUCUAUAAAUUUAAACAUCAUUUUGGUAUAAUGAUACUGUAGCCCUUGUCAGUGUUUUAAUGUAGUACAAUAGUUACACUGCCAUCAAACUUAUAUAAUUUUAAUUUUAUUGCAUUAUUUUAUUUUAAGCACUAAUUAAUUGUUCUUUCCUCAUGGAAUUAUUUUAUGCAACUAUAGUAUAACAAUCAAAGUCAGGAGAUUAAAAUUGAUUCAGUAUUAAUAUUUAAUCUACAAAGCUUGUUCAGAAUUUGCCAGAUAUCCCAAUAAUAAGCUGUAUAUAUCCAUUAUUUGUACUUUUUUGCUCAGUGAUGCAAAGCUAUUUAACACACAAGAGAAUUAAACAAAUAAGUAAAUAUUCUAAGCAUGAAGGGACACAGGUUACUAUCAGAAAAAUUAGCUACAGAGAGUUUAAGGUUGCCGCCACCACUAGAGUAUAUCACCAAUACCAAACAAUAUAAACUUUCUGGAGGGCAAGAAGAGAUAACUGUGACUGUCAUGGAACUGGAAAAAGUGGGCAUGAUAUGACCCACCUAUAGUCCUUUCAACUCCUUAAUGAGACCAGUAAAGAAACUAGAUGAAUCCUGGAGGGUGAUAGUGUACUGUUUUGAGCUCAAUAAAGUGGUUCCCCAAUGUA